UCCUGACGUUUUUAGGGGAGUUCGAGAGGAUGGGUGCUUCUAGUUUGUUCUGCUUUAGUUGGGUUUGUGGAUUUAGCGUUUUGUUUUUUUUUCUGUUAGCAAGCGAGCUGUAAAGAAGGAAAGAAGAGUAGAAGAGGGAAGAAACAGCCUUGCUUUCUUAGUUUUGGGGGAGGCCCGUGUCUGGUGUUUUUGCAUUUCUGUGGUGGGUGCCUGAAGCGGUGGAGCUCUUGUGGCCCCUUAGUAGGAUAUAGCAGUUGUGGCUUUCUCUACUGCUGGGAAUUGGGCUUCCCCAGAUUUUUCUCAGACGUGUAAAUGGCUUGUGGGUCUGAGGGAAGUCUGUUUGUGGCUUUGUAUUUUAUUUUUUUUUUUUCUCAAGCUGAGCUAGUUGUUUUCUGGCUGUUUUUUUUUCUUACAGCAGCAUUCAGCUUGUUUUGUAAUAACUCUGUUUAUGAUACUGAGCAGCGUAGUCAAUACAUUAGAAGGAAGGGAAAACAUCCAGUGGGACCUGGACAGGCUGGAGAAGUAGGCCCAUGAACAAUCUAAUGAGGCCCAAUAAGGCCAAAUGUGAGGCGUUGCACUUGAGUGGGGGCGAUCCCAGCUUGUGAGGUGAUCGGAGCACUGUACAGAACUGAGAUGAUGGAAUACCACCUUUUUAAGGAUGACUUUUCAAGGAGCCGAAUAGACACGAAGAGGACUGUCCUGUUUCAGCAGCGCUGAGUGUCUCCUGCACUGAGUCCAGCUGUUACCUGCGAUAAAGCCUCAAGUCUAUGCUGAGAUGCUGCGCAGUGUGUUGUGGAGUUCAGGACGGUACAUCUCUCAGACAAAAGACCCUCUUCCUGACUCACUGGUACUCAAAGAUAUUGACUCAGAUGGACUCAGGAGGGAGGAAUGUGAAGCCAUGGAAGAUAGCUGUCAUCGUUGUGUCAGUGAUAAUUGGUCUGGCCCUCAUCAUUGGCUUGAUUUCUUAUUUUUUGUGCCAUUAUGAGGAUCGAUAUUACAAUGCAACUUUCCUUAUCACCAAUGUCCCAUAUGACCUUCAGUAUGGAAGGCAAACGACGGAGGAAUUCAGAUACCUGAGCCAAGAGAUUGAAACCAUGAUGUCUAAAGUAUUUAAGGGGUCCUUUCUGAGCAGCAAGUACAUUAGAUCCCAUGUUGUCACUCUAAGCCCAGAUCCUGGUGGAGUGCUUGUAUCUGUUGCUCUGGUAUUUAAAUUUGCCUCAGCUGACAGUGAGACAACAAGCUGGAGUCAUGUCUACAGUGUGUUACGUAGAAGACUUGAAAUAAGCUCAACGUUCUUGAAUGUUGACCAGUCUACCAUUAAACUCACAGAAUUGAAUAAGGAGAAUGGAGAUAACCUUAUAAACAACUUCUGUGGAGUACGAAAGGAGGGAUUCUCCUUCACAGGAGUGGAAAGAAUAACAGAUGGACAACGUGCGCAGGAAGGAGAAUGGCCAUGGCAAGCUAGUAUUCAGCUUGAUGGGACACAUUACUGUGGUGCCUCAGUGAUCAGUAAUACAUGGCUAGUGACUGCAGCCCAUUGCUUUAAAGCAGGAAGAGAACCUCGGAGAUGGACUGCCAGUUUUGGAAUUCUGUUGAGGCCUCCAAAACAGAGAAGAUAUGUCCGAAGAAUUAUCAUUCAUGAAAAAUACAAUAGCCUUGUCCCUGAUCAUGAGUAUGAUAUAGCUCUUGUGGAACUUGCCUCCUCUAUUGAGUUCACAAGUGAUGUGCACAGUGUCUGUCUUCCUGAAGCAUCUUACAUAUUAAAAGAUAAUACUUCCUGUUUUGUCACAGGUUGGGGAGCUUUGAGGAAUGAUGGCCCUAGUGUUAAUCAGCUUCGACAAGCAGAAGUAAAAAUUAUUAGCACUGCAGUUUGUAAUAGACCACAAGUGUACGCUGGAAUGAUAACACCAGGGAUGUUGUGUGCUGGAUACUUAGAGGGACGGGUGGAUGCUUGCCAGGGUGACUCUGGUGGGCCACUGGUGAAGGCAAACUCCAGAGGAAUCUGGUAUCUCGUGGGAAUAGUGAGCUGGGGUGAUGAAUGUGGCAAGGCAGAUAAACCAGGAGUGUACACACGAGUGACUUUUUAUCGAGACUGGAUUGCUUCCAAAACCGGCAUCUGAAACCUGCAGUUAAGUUUUGUGGGCUGUGUGAAGGGCUAUUCCUCUAACACGUUCUGCUCUGUGGUUACCCUCUAAACAGCUUCUGCCUUGGCACGUGAUGAUGUAUCAAGUGCUGGCAAGCAUGGAGUAGUCUAGGACUCGAAAUUGGUUUGGCUUACAACCGGAAAAGAAUGAACUCAAUCAUGUGACACAGCAGUUUGUUCGGGAAGUACUCUGUCAAAGGGGCAAAGACUUUGGUUUCUGUGCAGGAUAGAGACCCUCUUCUCUGUGUCCAAAUCUUAUGGCUGCUACUUUGUGGGCCAAGCAUGAGCCCACAAAUCCAUUUACCAGGAUCUUAAAAACAGUUGCAACUAAAAUGUGACCCAUCCAUUUUCUGUUUGCUUCUAAGGCCCUGCCUGUCUGUAGACCAGCUACCAUUGAACCCAUGACUUUAAGACUGCUGUGCUUUUUUCCUGCAUUGUUCCAUGGAGCAUGUAUAUGCUAAUAAUGAACAGAAGAUGGCUUAGAGAAAUUUCAUUUCCUAGUAUCAUGUCAUACAGUUACCUAAGUGAACUCAGAAGUAUUUUUUUCUGUGUUGUCCUGAAAAAGCGAUCGCUGAGAAAAGCCAGCUUCUAUGCACCGCCCUUGAAUGUGUUCACUUCCUGCUUCUUAUGAAGAGCCCCUACUACAGCAUUUGCCAUGAAAGUGAUUUCUGGACUUGAGAUCAAGUAGUACUUAGUGUUCACACUAGUCUAUUGUUUUACAUAAAUAUCUGACUGAAUGAAAUUCCAUUUUAAAACUUUCCAUGUUGUAUUGUUUUUAAUAAAGUCCUAAGCUCUUUUGUUCUUGGCAAUGUUCAUAUGGUUGUUACAAACCUUCACAAUCUCCAAAACAUGCUUAUUCUCAUGAAUGGUGUCCUCAAG